AUGUCGUCCUUCUUCAAGAGACAUUCCCCCCCAAACUCGUCCACCGUCUUUGAUGAUAUCUUCUGGUCAUGGUAUCUCGAGAGCUACAGCUUGGUACGAGAUCCUGUUGGCGAGCCGCUCCCUAUAAAUCCCAAAAAGUACUCGUCUAUUUCAUUGGCUGUUAUCACUCUUCAAAAAUACUUCGAUAGUCUUAAAUUGCCUGUACCCUCAUCGAAGCAAACUAUAGCUCUUCUCAAGUCUCCGUUUACCCAGGGGGAUAUAAUCAAGACAUUCCAUCUCGUGCGUUUCUUCCAGCUUUCACGCGAGGGCUUGUUUCUCACAAACUCAUAUACUGAUAAGCUCAAUGGCACUAUUCUCUACAAGGGAGCUGAGAACUGGGAGAAUGUCAUGUGUUACCUAGAUGCGCUUCUAUUCCUGAUGUUUGCCAAACUCGAGUCGUUCGAGCCGAUUUUGUUUAUUUCCAACAGAGCACCCAAUACUCUAGUCAGCCAGUUGGCAGCUUUGUUACGUCUUUACAUCAGUAUGCUUCGUUCGGGCAAUUUGAUUACAACGGACAUCACCAUCCGCUUGUGUGAGACAUUGCUGAAAUUGGGAUUCAAAGAAGCAAUGUCUCAUAAACAACAAGAUUCUGCUGCGUUGUUUGAAUUCUUGACGGAAACGCUUUCUAUGCCACUUCUCACGUUCAAAAUUGAUAUCAAGCAUGGUGGUAAAUUCAACAAGGAAGACGACGAAAAAAUCUCCAAGGAACGUAUUCUCUUUGUCAGUCUUCCAGAAGAAGAAACACCGUUUCCUGAAAAGCCACCUGCUUCCAAGGAAGAAGAGAAUGAUGAAGGGAUUCUUCUUGAAGAGUGUCUCGAACAUUAUUUCAACAACUCCAUAAGUGUUAAACGAGAAUUGGAAAGAAGAGCAACCAUGGAAAGCUUGAAACCUGCGGCGGGGGAAGUUGUUUUCUACGACAACGCAAUCCCCGAAAACCAGGAAGUCACAACUCCCACUUCCGAGGGAAAUCCUGUAGUGAGAUCCAAUUCAAAACAGAAUAUGGAUGAAACGAUAAGUCUCCAGACUCUGGGACUGGCAUCUAGACUUCACAAGAGCAACCCAUUCAGAUACGCUUCUAGGACUCGUUCCUCCACGCUUUCAAUCUGGUCAAUGAACGAUCUGGAAACUGGGGGAAAGUCCAAGGAAGUCAAUUUGCCAGCCUGGAUGUUUUUGCGCCUCUUGCCAUUUUACACUGAUGACAAUGAUGUCACCAAUAGCCAGAACCAGAGCAUAGCCAAGAACUCCAAAGAGUUUGUUAACAGAAGACCAAUUCUUCCCAUUUGUCUCAAAAGAUAUUCCUUUGAUGCUACUAAAUCUCUGGCAAGUCGUUCUCAAAAAAGAAUCAUUAUUCCACCAUUUAUAGACUUGCCCCAGUUUGUUGCUGACGAUGUAGAUGACGAAACGGGAAACUACAGGUUGAUAUUGGAAAGUGCUGUUUGUCACCGUGGCCAUUCCAUUGCCCUGGGUCAUUUUAUUUCAGUCAUCCGAAAAAAUACAGACAACAUCUCGGAGACAGAAGAAGAGGCUCAAAACUCCACCUGGUAUUUGUACGAUGAUAUGAAGAAGAAAUCUAGAAUUGUAGAGAAGACCUUUAGGGAGAUAUUCAACAAAGAAUGGCCCUAUUUGUUAUUUUACAGAUUGGUGACUACUGACGAAAUAGCAUCUUCAACAAAUUCAAGUAAAGCUAAUCUUGCACAACAGAGUUCUUCCAACCCGUUUAUAGCUCCAGCUGGUUCCAAAAAUUCAUACUGGUCGGACGAUUCUGACACACCUUCUGGAAAGGUAGAUUCUGCCCAUAGUAGUACUUCCAGUAUUCCUAUUCCAGAUAUUUCACCUACCGAUGCCAGGUUCGUAGAUAUCCGUAACAAAUACUACUGGUACAUGAUAGACAAGAACAAGAACUACAUCAAAGAGCUCCCUUCGAUAAAGACGUCUAGUGGCAGAGAUGCCAGCGUAAGUUUCAAUCCACAAUUCCGUCGUAAUAGUCAGUGGAGUGAAAGAUCUAACGUCAGUAGCAUAGAU